AUGCCCGGUAGAAUCUACUCUACUCUCAAAGCCGUCAUGGCGAAGCGACAAGUCAUCACCAAUCUCGAUGGAUCAUCUAGAAACAUUGAUGGAUGGUCUAUCGCCACCUUGAUCAUCUUCCUCAUCGUCAAUAUCCUCGUGAUAUUCCCUCUUCGCAUACCUCUCCCAUUCUUCGUCUCGAGAGCAUGCGAGAAGCUGCUCAUCCUUGUCGGACUACGAGCACGUCCCGCGCAGCAACCGAAGUCUACCGAUGCAUCCCCUCCGUCUCCACCUGCAUCCACUGACGACUCGGACCAAGAGGCUCGCCAAGAAGUCGCCGAAAACCAAAAGUCCAAACCGUCCACAAAUAGACCACAAAGAUGGCAUUUAACCAUUGGUCUCAAUACUGCGCCAGUGAUCGGCGUGCUGCUCCUCCUAGCGACCACAUGCAUCCCGGGCAAGGUCGUUCGUUCAGGUAUAGUCGGUUCCGACCAUGUCAAGCCAUAUGACAUUCUCACUUUGUUCAUUUGCUUUGCAUACAUCUCAGUCUCACUCGAUAGCACAGGCCUAUUGCGCUAUCUCGCCUUCAUGGUCGCUUCUCGAGCUUCCUCGUCUGGUACCCUACUCUACAACUCCUUCUACUGCUUCAUCUCAAUCGUCGGUUUAUUGGUCGGCAAUGACCCCGUCACGCUGUCUGCCACGCCCUUCCUGGUGUACUUUACGAAUCAUGCCAAAAUCGAUCCGACAGCUUAUCUGUUCAGCAUCUUCCAAGUCAGCAACUUGGUAUCUGCACUUCUCGUCUCAUCGAAUCCUACCAAUCUGGUGCUCACAUCCGCCUUUGGCAUAUCCUUCCUAUCUUACUCUGCAUGGACUGCGCUACCGACCGUAGCGGCAAUGGUGGUCUUGUUCCCGCUUCUUCGAUAUUUCCAGUUCAGAAAGGACAAGUGGAUUCCUCGCAAGUUAUCUCCUCCCCAAGUCGAUGCCAAACAGGCUCUCAAGGAUCCAUGGGGAGGCAUCUUCGGUGCUGCCCUCUUUUUGGUCACUAUUGUCUUGCUCGUCGGACUGUCAGCUGGCGGCAAGCUGGAAGGCGUCGAAGGUGUUUGGACAGUGACAGCGCCUGCGGCGCUGAUCAUGCUAUCAAGAGACAUCGUCCAUGACUAUCGAAAGACCAGACCAGAGCGCAAACCUGCACGAAAGACGGCGAUCACCGAGAAAAAAGUUGAGGAAAGGGUCAGGAUCGACUCGGAGAGAGGCUCGCCCACUCUCAGUCCGCAGGAGACUGACGAUGGAGACGUUGGCCAGGUUCGAGAAGAGCUCAUUGCUACGGCAUUGGAGAAGAAGAUCAAGCAGGCCGAAGACUCCCCGCAACCAUCUAGACCGGGUUCUGCUGGAGCUGCGCACGCACAAAAGCCUGAGACUCAUGAGGUGGCGACCCUAAAAAACGACGAGGAGGACAAAUCAAAGUUGGCCGCUGCACCUACACCUCGAGCGACUACACCUCCUGUAGAAUCGUCAGCGGAUAGAGAUUCGUCACCGGAACUCUCAACGGAAAAGACUGCCAAAAAGGAAGCAGCCAAUGACGAUGAGUUCAAAGCGCCUCUCCUUCGACCCAUCACGUCUCGAAUUCCGGUCGUCUCGGGGACCAUCUCGCGUCUGCCCUUCUCCCUGCUCCCCUUUGCGUUCAGUAUGUUCAUUCUUGUGGAAGCGCUUCAGCAUACCGGCUGGAUACGAGUCUUCGGCAAGUGGUGGGCAGCAUGGGCAGAGGUCGGCGGAGUUGCGGGAUGUGUUUUUAUGAUGGGUUUGAUCAGCGUCUUGGGCUGCAACGUGUUCGGUACCAACAUUGGUGCCACCAUUAUGCUCAGUCGAAUUCUGCAGCAAUGGGUGGCGACUGAAGGCAACGUUUCUCAGCGUGUAUUGUACGGUUCCGUUUUCGCUUUGGCUGUGGGAUCGAAUUUCGGCGCCUAUUCGUUUGUCUUCUCGGCCUCACUUGCCGGCUUACUUUGGAGAAACAUCUUGAGUCAGAAAGGAAUACAUGUAAAGACUCGCGAGUUUCAGAGAUGGAACUGGCUGCCUCUGGUUGUCACCAUGAUCGUGGGAUGUCUCGUCGUGGCGGGAGAGGUUUGCGUCAUGUACAAGGCUUAA